UUAAUAUAGAUCUCCUAUACUAUUAACUUCAUUUAUUUAUUUUGUUUCUUUUAAAGGAAAAUGGUGAGAUCUUGCUCUUCAAAAUCAAAGAAUCCUUGGGCAAACGAAGAAGACACCACCCAAAAGUUUGUGUUUGCGUCUGCGUCUAAAAAUGGAUCUGCAGCUCCUAAGAAAAUAGGACUUAGGAGAUGUGGGAAGAGUUGCAGAGUGAGAAAGACUGAUCAUUCAGGAACAAAGCAUGAGAGCUUCACUUCUGAAGAAGAAGAUCUGAUCAUCAAGAUGCACGCAGCAAUGGGAAGCAGAUGGCAACUUAUUGCACAACAUUUACCAGGAAAGACAGAAGAAGAAGUGAAGAUGUUUUGGAACACAAAACUAAAGAAGAAACUGUCUGAAAUGGGGAUAGAUCAUGUCACUCACCGUCCCUUUUCUCACGUACUUGCUGAAUACGGCAACAUCAAUGGUGGCGGGAACCUAAACCCUAAUCCCUCUAACCAAGGCGCACCUCUUGGACGUAAUCACUCGCUCAACGAGGAUACCCAUCAACAACAACCUGAUGAUUCAGGAGAUCUCAUGUUUCAUUUACAAGCAAUCAAGCUUAUGACCGAGUCAUCGAACCAAGUCAAGCCAGAGUCAACGUUUGUGUACGCCUCUUCGUCUUCUUCUAAUUCGUCUCCUCCAUUGUUCUCUUCAACCUGUUCAACAAUAGCUCAAGAGAAUUCAGAGGUUAACUUCACUUGGUCUGACUUUCUUCUUGACCAAGAAAACUUUCAUGAAAACCAACAGAAUCAUAACCCUCAAGAACUAGACAAUUUGUUCGGCAACGACUUCUCUGAGGUAGCAGCAGCUACGAUGCCUAAUACAUUAACAAUAGCUUCUCAGUUUGAAGAAGAAUCUUCGAGCAACGGGUUCGUAGAAUCGAUUUUAGCUAAAGAAAAAGAGUUGUUCUUGGGAUUUCCCAGCUAUUUGGAGAACCCUUUCCAUUUUUAGUUCUUUCUCUUCCUCUUCUCAACUACUAAAUAAAGAAACAUUCUAAU